AUGAGUAUCACCGCAUGGUCCCGUUCUGAGCACAUCCAUGAUUGCCCCCCCUGUGAAUGCUCGACGGUCUGCAGGCCGUUUUACAGUCCAGCUUGGUGCCGACUUCCGGCCGACCUGAGCUCAGCACCCUAUAUCAUCCUGGCCAGACCCUCCGGCGGUGUACUCAUCAAUCCAAACCGAAUCAACGCAUCUGUUGAAUUAGUACGACGAAGUUAUAUUCCUUCACAAUCAACUGAAGGGCCAUCAUCACAUGUUCCAAAACGGCUUCAAAAAUUCUUAUUGCAGAAUCAAAAGACGUACCCUUUUCAAGCAGAUCAAUUUGGAAGAGAUGCCCCUAGAUGGGGUUUCGAUAGAGGUACAGAAGGAAUAAAAACCGGCGUUUGGGAUGAUAAUGUUGCUAAAUCUAUCAUCCUAGGUUUGGAUCAAUUAAUCUGA